AUGAGUGGAUCUUUGUUAAGUGAUCAAUCUUUAUUUUCAUCACCAAUGAAUACAUCUUGUCGUAGAGAAUCACACUAUAAAUAUGAUCGAUGGACUAUUAUUUUCUUUAUAAUUGGUUUAAUUAAUAUUCUUAGUGCUAUUUGGAUGUUAAUUGCACCUAAACAUUGGUAUUAUAAUCUACCAGCUUAUGUUCCUGAAUCUGGACCACUAAAUAUUCAUUUUAUUCGUGAUAUUGGUUGUAUUUUUUUAUUGCUUGGCUGUGGUUUAUGGAUUGGUGGUUUUUUUCUUAUUGAAUUUCGUUUGCCACUAUUUACAAUGAAUACUAGCUUUUAUAUCCUGCAUAUGUUUGUACAUAUUCAUGAAAUUGUUAGUGGUCGUCUUAGAUUGGGAAUAUUUUGGACUGAUUUACCUGGUGUCUAUUUUCCAGCUAUACUAACAUUUGCACUCAAUAUCAUUUUAAUAAGAAAAUAUAUGGUAUUAUCGAAAUCAAAAACACGACAACCAAUUAGAACAGAAAAUUAA